UUUCAUUUUCUUCCUUUCUUCACUAGCUAUCUAUCGGGAAACAAACUCAGAUACUUCCCAAAAGGAAUUUUUAAAGGCUUAAAGCAGCUAUUGAUUUUGUAAGUAGACUAUGAAAUUCGUUUGGUGAGUAACAUAACCAGAAAUCCCAUGCAAGAUGGCUGCUAAAUGGCCGCGAGCAUGCGCUAAGCGCGAAAGUGCAGGUUAAAUAUCGAUGCAAAGUAUAAAGGAAAUAAGGGGGAUAUAAACAUAUUUUGCAUUUUGUGCCAUUACUUUCAGAAACUCAACGUUCCCCAUCAUCAAAAUAGAUAGAGUCAAGUUCAACCGUAUUUCAAUCGAAAGAAAAGUGAGAAAAAACUGGUUUAAGACGGUGCGUUUUUAUUUUAAUAACCUCAUACUUUCCUCUUUCUCUCAUCCCUUAAAGUAGGGCUUACCUUCAUGGUUUCUUUGGUCUGCUACGAGGAAACGGUUUCACCGAUUUGGUUCCCUGUCAUCAUUUCCGAAAGAUAAGAAGUUUAACUCGCAAAGAAAACCUUUUUUUUUUUUAUUUUAUUUUAUUUUUUUUAUCCAAAAACUUCGCUUAACACGGUGCCUUUUCAAUUUGUAAAGUGGCGUUUUCCAGAAAUGCGAGAUGCGAGGAAAUGAACUCAUUACUAAAGCAAAAAUUCUCCUUCGAGCGGUUUGUUUUCUUUUCACUUUGCCUACCAUUUUGUUUUAACACAUUUUAAUUACCAUUUAUGAGGUACCUUAAGAUAAAAAAAGCCGCUGUACAGAACAAUCGGCUAAAAAUCGAAAAAAAAGCGAGAAUUUUGAAGGAAAAUAUAGCUAAUAUUAAAUGCUAUGUCUGAUAUUCCCCAAGAACUUCCUUUCAACCUAAUAAAAAUAUUUUAGUGGAGACCUCAUUGAAAUAUGUUAUAGAUUACUUAAAGUAGCAAAUGUAGCCUGAACCAUCUACAAGAAUUGAAAACAGACAAUGGUUUCUAAGAGAAAGAGAAAGAACGAACCCAAAGGAGGAAGGAGAAGGAGCACGAAGGAGCACGAAGGAGCACGAUCGAGACAUUCGACUCGCCCGUACCGAGACCUCCGCCGUUUCAGAGCAUGCCCACAACACCGGACAUAAGCCACUCUGGAGCGAAGCAAAGUUUAUUGAUCGUGACCCUCAUUACUACACCCGCAGGGUCAGAAAGGCAAUUCAUAAAAGACUUCAUCCUAACAACAUCAACAGGGAUAGUGGAAUAGAAACUCCAGAAGCGUGGACACUCACGAUCAAAAAUCACAACAACAGGAGAGCCGUGCGACAGCGGACAGCCGACGGAGCAAAUCACUGAGUGAACAGCAAGGAUCGAAAUGCUCCAAUCAGAGCUGUUGAAAAAACAACUAAUCACAGCAGAGCAUCAUGCUUUAUGAGAUCACGCAUGACCAGUCGACCUCAUCGCCUGAAGAAGACUAGCAGUAUGCAGUCGAAACGUCGCGAUAUACGCCACACAUUACUAAAUCGUGAGACAAACGAAAAACUUAGCUUUUAUUGUUAUUCACCACGAUGAAUAACCUCAACCUUUUCUACGAAACGAGCUCAAAGUACACCAAACAUAAUUGUCAAUACUGGGAGCAAGAAAUCAGUGUCAAGCGUGCUGGUAAAAUGAGACAAUCUGAAGCAAAUGUACCCGACCUGGGAGGCAAUGACUCACCAGAUGCAUCAUCAUCACAAGUUGAGAAGAACAACCCCAAGGGAAUGACAGAGAUCAUGCAACAAAAAAAAGAAGGCGGCAGAUGAGAAUUGGAGGAAGAAGAAAGGGAAAAGGAAAGGGCAAACAAACAACAAAUCGUGGUGAGAGCAGCUAUAACAGUGUUAUGUACAUAAACAGAGAAAUUUUCACAACCAAACAUGAAUAACGAUUUCGAUGCUUCUAAGUAACGUUCUGACCUAAUAAUACAAAAUAAUUUCUUGGGAGAAGGGUUAGUGCAGUGUUGACAGCUUGUACCUAAACCCAUGUAGAGCAUGUUAUUGGCUAAAAAAUUUCGUGCCACUUUUUCACCACGGGCAACAUGUAUUAGCCUCGAACUCUGAUUGGUUCAUUGGGUUGUUUACGACUGUCGUGAUUGGUCAGAGUAAUUACUUUGGUUUUACUCAAGUGCAAACUGCUCUAAAAGCAUGUAUUGACAUUCUGUAAUUCAAUCACAAUAUUGCAAUUGAACACUUGUUAAAACUUAAACUUACUUUUUCAAGAUGUUAUCUAGGCUUAGCUACAAGUUUUCCCUCCACAAGUUUAUGUGUCCGUGGUCCCAAGCUCAAAAAACGUUUAGCUGUAAUAGGGAAUACAACCUGUGUACCAUCUUCAAGGUUGUCUACACAAGUGUCCUAAUCGGAACAUUCUUUGAAAAAUGAACAACGGUUAUAGUCAUUCUUCUCUAACAAGAUGCAGCCAGAAUUAGAGCUGGGUUGCUCUCUUUCUCUGAAAAUAUGAUUAAAGACGUAGUGUCUCAUUUCUAUCACAGUUGUGGGUGAGGCUGUCUGAUGUUUACUAUUGAGAUGCUGGAGAAUAGCAAUUGCCAGUAAAUCAGAUCCUUCUUUGAUUCUUUCUUCUGUGGUUAUGGAUGUUCUGAAUGCCCCGAGGAAAAGAGUUAGGAUCCAUUACUGUCUAACAUACAUGCGAUGUCGCCAAUAAAGCAGAAAAUUGCCUUAAACGUGUAUGAUGUCUUAAAAUUGCUGUCUUCACUUCUAGCCCCUCAAACUAUUUUGUUUUAAAAUCGAGUAGUAAAAAAAACAUUAAGUUCUUAUUUAACUUUAUGACUGAGUAGAGACAUGCUUAAAGAUGAGGUACCUUAAAGUGGUUUCAUUGAGGUUCUCUUCGACUUCCCAGGUGUCGUUAAGGGAGCUGUACCCCUUCCAACGAAUAAGGUUCUCAUUCUUAGAGAAAAAAUACACACAGAACUUCUUGGUGUACGGUUGAAAUCUUACGUAUGCUACUCACUUCAAACAAGCGUCAUAUUUACCUUUCCUCUAUUUUGUCUGCAACUCAACACUCUUUCAACUUGAAAAUAAGGGCUUUUCCUUCCUUUCGAUCUAUUCUCCAUGAAAUCUGCAGAACUAAGAGAAUUUAAGCUGCGGUAAAAGCCCUUCGAACGAUUUUUCCUUCGUCCGUCCGCCAUAUUGAAUACCGAAAUUUACGCGCCCGCCGUUCAAGCCGCUGACUGUAUACGAUUUCUGGUUAUGUGUUUUUCAAAUAACAUAUUACGCAUUUCACCUUAAAUGAUCAUUUACGAAUCAAUGUCGAAACAUUGUACCUUCCCUGUUACUCUUUAUGAUUUUGUUGCACUUUAUUUUUGUUAGAGAAAUUCUUGAAAACGAAAUGACUCAGGUAACCAUAGACAACUUCAAAGAAAUCAAACAGUUGAAAAUUCUGUGAGUUUUAUAAUUAAUCAAGUGAUGAUAAUCAAGUUGUGAAACAAGCCUUGUUACCUUGAGGCGUCCAAUCAAUUGAAAUAUAAUGAAAACACUCUAAAUCGAUGCUUUUAUUGUAAAAGCUUCUUACCUCAUCUACAACUUACGGAAAGUACUUUCCUGCCAGCAGAUUGAUUACUUGCUUAGUGGGAGAAAGUUUGUAAAGAAACUUUGGUGGUGCGUCAGUGUGGGGUAUUUCAAGACAUCUGAAGUCAUUCGACAUUAAAACUCUGAUUGGUUGAGAGCAUACAGUCAAUAUACAAAGGCGUGUGAACUUGACAUAAUAACCGAUAUCUGCAUCAGGUAUUGGGUUAUCAUGUGGAGUUCAAAGUCUGACUAGUUGCCAAGCCCCUCGUCAGUGUAACGUCCUGAAACUUUUCCAAACUCAGAGAAAGAUGUCUUCUUUUGCAGAGUGUUUUAAAAAAUAUUCAAUAAAACAGUCAUUGAAUUCGGUUUUCUCAUGAUGUCAUGGAUUCUUAAACCUUGUGUCUGCUUCAUAUGCCUUGGCCUUCGGCUUCGGCAGUAACUCAGAUCUCAGCAUUCUGAUAAUAUCAUGGUCACUCUCUUCCAAUAUUCAAUCAUUAUCAACUGAGUUGGUGAUGUAAAUUGGCCACCCUAAAGAGCCUCAAAACUGACCUCUUGAGCAUUAGCCCUUCGUCCGAGAACACAGGAAUUUUAAGUUUUAAGUGGUUUAUAUACAGGAAAAAGACGUUUCGCGAUUAGAAGGAACCUGGUAACGAGAAAUACACGAAUAAAUUCGUUAAAUGAAAAGGCUUCGUUGACACUUGGGGAUUGUGGGGAUUAAGAGAGCCUACUUUAAAUAUUAAUUUUUAUGGUGGAGUCUUGAGACUUUUGAUCAUAACAUUUUUAUCUACUAAUUUUUAAUUUCCAGGUAUAUGCAGUACAACAAGAUGAGGGAGAUUCCAUAUGGUUUUUUCGAUAUGCUGAAGGAUAUACAGCGAGUGUAAGAUUUUGAUAAAGUUCAUUCGCAAAUUUUUCGUUUUUGAGCUAAGCUAUAAAUUCUGAGUAGACACAUCGUAGAGACAUUCAAACUAAGUUUUUUCAAAAAAUAAUUGAAGACUUGGAUUCUUAAAAAAAAUUAUUUUGUAUAAGUCAAUUGAUAACUCCAGCCAUCAGUUUCUGAUAUAUUCUUAAAAGCAAGUUCUUGUCGAUAAGGUCUGUGAAGUUUUAAUGAAAUAACUUCCCUGAGUGGACGAUGUUUUACAAUUUUAGGAGCCUCGACACAAAUCUGAUGUGUUGUCAUAUGCACAAGGAGGACGCUGACUGUGCUUUCACGUACAACGACGACUUUGCCAACUGUGAGAGCAUGUUUAAGAAUUCUGCCCCAAGGAAGAGUAUCUGGGUGAUAGGAGUAUUUUCUCUGGUUGGUGCAGCGUUUGUUAUCACUUGGCGAGUGAUCUUUAAAGAAAAGAACGUGGUUCAGUCCAUCAUGUUGCUCCACUUAGCAGUGUCCGAUGGUUUGAUGGGUAUUUACCUGAUCUCUCUUGGCACUAAAGAUCUGUUGUGGAGAGGAGAGUAUUACUUGCAUGACUUCCAGUGGAGGUCUGGUUUGUCUUGUCAAAUAAUUGGAGCGAUCUCCCUUCUGUCAAGUGAGGUUUCGGUUAUGAUGAUGACACUGAUAUCUGCUGAUCGGCUUAAAAAUAUUGUGUUUCCUUACCAAGGUGCUUCUCUGAAACCAAAGGCAACACAUAUCCUGUGCAUCAUCAUAUGGGCAAUUGGCUUCCUUAUGGCCUUUUUGCCUAUGUUUGGUAUUCAGUAUUUUGAAGACCCAUUCAGGUACCAUAGUUACUAUGGUAGAAGUGUGGUAUGUCUGCCCUUGCAGCUUACUUCUGAUAAGCCGGCAGGUUGGGAGUAUUCUGUUGCUAUCUUUCUCGCUUUGAAUUUUGCUUUUUUCUUGUUCAUCAUGGGUGCUUAUCUCAUGAUACUAGUCAAGUCUUACUUGUCUAGCCGGCGACUGGCCCGUCAGGGUACUGAAAGAGAGAUCCAGGCCAGAAGAGCAAACUUUAGGAGGGAAACGGCUCUUGCAAGGCGGGUGUUCUUCAUCAUCCUGAGUGAUUGUGUGUGCUGGAUGCCGGUGAUAGUGAUUGGUAUGAGGACCAUCAUCGAGAAGUCUUACGAAGCGCAAGGAGACCUCGCUGUCUGGAUCGCUGUAUUUGCCCUUCCGAUCAACUCGGCCUUGAAUCCUAUCCUGUACACCUUGUCAACAGAACAGGUGCGUUAAGCGCUUUUAAUCCAUUAUAAGUAGUCAAGAUAACAAAAUCCGUUAGUAGACUUAUAAUGGCUAGUUACAGGAAGGGUAAUGGUUUUCAGCCGACUAUAAGCAGUGUAUAAUAAUGCUCAAGGCUGCUCUAUUCACCUGCAACUGACACUGACAAUGUUUCAAAACCAUUACACAGCAGAAAUUCAUUAGUUUCUAUUUUGCCAUCGGGGCCCAGCACGAGGCAGUGAGCAAAAUCUCGAUUACUUUUGGCUAUUGCGUAUCCAGGUCAGAGGCAUUCUGAAGAACAAAAUGGAAAAAGUCUGGAACUACUUGAAGACCGUUUUCACCUGCUGUGGUCGGGAUCAGGAAGGUACUAUAUAAUUAUUAGCUCCUGAUAAGAAUAAACCGAAAAACGAUGUAAACCAACAGAUUGCUCCAAAAAAAGUUUAUUGAUCUAUUGAUCUAUUUAUUGAGUCACUCAGUCAUUAAUCAAUUCACUCAUGCAUGCAUAGAGGCAUUCGUUUAAUCAUUUACUCGCUCGUUCGGUCCAUCCUUCUUUUAUUGGUCAGUUCAUUUGUUGUACGAAAUAAAUAUUUCUUGAUUCGAUCAUUGACUUUUCUUCGCUGUUUUCUUUAAAAGGCCAAGGAGAUGGGGAACAACCGAACCAACCGGGAGUAGAAGACAAUGGACAACAUGGCGGUGAAGAAGGUAAAUCCUAA